GUACGGCGCUGGAGCAAUUGCAAUCAAACCCACUUGGUCGUAUUUCCCUUCCCGCCCUGCCACGGUCGCCGCAGUGUCAAGUCGACAGCGAUAGUGGGUGCCAACUGCCCGCGGAAGGUGCAACGGAGAUAUACUGAGGAUUGCAGUCCAGGAUGGCCAAGUGGACGCGCGUGGCAUGCAGCCUGCUCUUCAUCCUCGGCUCGCUGUCCUCUCCGGCGGAGUGCAAACGUAACCGAGGCCCGCAGAGGGGCUCCCAGGGUGGCGCCAUCCCUCACCCCGACAAGAGCAGGCCGAACGAAUCGGAGCGGCGCCCUCGACCCCCGCAGGGCGGCGCCUCGUCCCCGGCCGAUGAAGUUCUGGAGUCCAGCCAGGAGGCUUUACACGUGACCGAGCGUCAGUAUUUGAAGCGGGAUUGGUGCAAGACGCAGCCCCUCAAGCAGACCAUCCACGAGGAGGGCUGCGUCAGCCGCACCAUCAUCAACCGCUUCUGCUACGGCCAGUGCAACAGCUUCUACAUCCCCCGCCACAUCCGCCGGGAGGAGGGCGCCUUCCAAUCGUGCUCCUUCUGCAAACCCAAGCGCUUCACCACCAUGACCUUUACUUUGAACUGUCCCGAUCUGCAGCCGCCCACGAAGAAGAAACGCAUCCAACGCGUUAAACAGUGCCGAUGUAUAUCCAUUGACUUGGACUAGUUCACUCCACCUAACCUUGUCGUGUCUGGGUUUCUUCGUAAUAGCCCGAAGGAACAUCUAUUCCUCAUCUGUGUGAGUGACACAUUGUAGUUCUUUGAAUUUUUCUGAUACAAGAGUGUGUUGUGAGUUUGGUUUUGUUCCAGUCAGUGGCGAAACAAAUGUGAAUCGAGCCCAGGUGCGAUAAGUUAAAAACGGCCCGCCUCCGAAGUGAACCUCCGGCGGGUGAGGGUCCUACUGGAUAAUUAUUCGCGGGGCCCUCCACACUUUCGCAGGGCCUUCAAUGUUUGGGGCGGUACGAGUGGAAAAUUUUCUGCUGCCCCCUCCAGAUAACCAGCCAAGCCGGGGGGAGGGGGGGAUUCGAGAUAUUUUAACACUUAAACACUAUAUUCCAGCUCAGCGCAUCAUCUUACUUUUUCUGCAGUGGUGGAUGAAGUACUUUGUCCUUGUCCAUUUUAUGGGCUUUACCGAGCUCUGAACGUCAGACUACUUUUUGACGGUUUCAUUUUGCAUCCAGUUAUUAAUGGGAAGGCCCUUGACAUUAAAAUUAACCCUUUAUUGUAAGAAUAUAAUGAUUAGAAAUAAGGUUAUAAGCCAUUUUAAGUCAUUAUGUCCUAUGUGACAAGCCUUUUGUUUGGGACUGUAUUUACAGUACAGUGUUUCACAAAAGUGAGUACACCUCUCGCAUUUCUGCGGAUAAUCAAGUACUGUAUAUGUUUUCAUGGGACAACACUGAAGAAAUGACA